CCCGCGCGUCGCUCUUAUUGCCCGUCGUCGCUGUCCGCUCCCGCUAGCGCAUCCGCUCCGCGAUGAAAUCUAAAGUAAAAGGCAUGAGGGCCAAAAACAUGGACAAGCUGAUAGCAGCUGUACAGGCUAGGGAGUGUUUGUGGGAUAAAAGCUAUAGAGGACAUAGGAAUCGGUUUAAAUUGGAGCGUUAUUGGAACGAAGUGGCGACCGAAGUGGGCACAUCGAGUCUCAAUUGUAGAAAAAGAUGGAAGAAUCUAAAAGACCAAUGUCGGAAAGAGAUGAAAAAGAACUCCAACGAGUCCGAAUGGCCGCACUUCCAGAAGUUAAAGUUCAUCCACCACCAGUUCUUGGCUGAAGACGAAGAUGGAGAGGACGAUACAGCAGACGAAGUUUUCAAUUCUCUGGACGAAUCUAUAAAGAGGCCAAAACUCGGGUACACGAUGAGAAAGAAGUUGCUAAUGAAUAAAAGAAGAACUAUAGACGUUGAUAUGCACAAGUUGAUAGAUUUAGUUCAAGCGAGGGAUAUAAUAUGGAACAGACAGCUAAAGGGUCAUCACAAUUGGUACAAAUUGGAUGAAAGUUGGAAGGAGAUCGCUUUGGAAUUGGGUGUAACUCGCGACGAAGCCAGAUUGAAAUGGAAGUACCUAAGAGAUCAAGCUAGAAAAGAAAUCAGAAAACAAGGCUCCGAAUGGGAAUAUUUACCAAAACUACAGUUCCUAACAAAUCAGUUCAAUGAUUACGAAGGCACCGAACUUCAAGACCCAGAUCUAGACCAGGACGAUCACUUUAGUCAGGACUUUGAGCCUGACCAGAGUAGCAGUUACUACAAUAUUGAGCCUGUAGCUAACGAUGUUAGUGUGAAAGAGGAUGAAUUUGACGAGUUCGAUACAAAACCUAUUAUAAUGGAGACGGAUUUUUAUGAUGAUGAUGACGAAGCUCCGAAAUCAACUGGUAACGGUGAACCUAGUGAGCCAACUAAAGAUGAAGAUAUUGGAUUUUUCAAUAGCCUUUUGCCGCAUGUAAAGAAAUUAGGCCCAGCAAAGAAAUUAAUGCUAAGAAUGAAGAUUCAAGAAUUAGUAUAUAAUACUGUAUACAGUGACUAGUGUCGUAUUUUAUUUGAUGACUUUACUGAAGUUUUGGUAGGUUGCUUGGAGUAAGUGAGAUUCUGGGAGUAAUUUUAGUUCGAAGAAAUGUAGUUUUGUAAAUAAGCUCAAAUCUGGAUGUAUUUAUUACGUUAUGUACCCAGAUGUAUGAUUUUUUUUAGAAAAUAGGCGUCUUUGACUUCUAUCACCUUGUUAUACGCUUUCUUGGUAUAUCUCUUUCAUAUAGUACAUACAUACAUAAUAAACAUAGAGAACACCAAGACCGAUACCAACAAUCAUGAAUACAAAAUGUUUACACAGUGCGAGUAAUCAGUAACAGGAUAAAGAAAAUUAAAGGAAGUAAAGCGGUGUGCAAACCGCUAGACCAUCAAGGCUAUCAUAAAAUAAUAUAAUAGAAAAUUUAAUUAAUUUAGAUGUACAAAAGUUUCAUGCAGUGCGAACACAAAGUCUUCCAUCUUUUGUACUUUUUUGAAACAAGAAAACUCUUCAAUCAAUUAAAUAUCAGAAUCAUUAUUUAUAAAGUACUUGUGGCGAAUCUACUAUCAUCGUACGGCAACAACAUUGCCUAGUUACGAUGGG